AUGUCAGAAGCUGUUUCGACUUUCACAACUGGAAAUGUGUCACUCACAUUAGCAGACGAAAUCAAAAAAUAUAAAACAGAUGCUCUUAUCAAAUUUUUACAGAGAGAGGAGGACUUAGAGCUUGAUGACGAUAACUUGAAAGUUAUUCGUGAAGAAAAAGUUAAUGGGCACUUCAUUAAGGAGUGUAAGGAGAGAAAGAAGCGCUCGUUUACCUCGUAUAAGACUCAGAAAGACUUAAAAGAGGUAUUAGCAAAGUAUGGGAUUGAUGGUAAUGGGAUAGGUGCAAUCCAUCAAUUUCCACCAAAAACAUAUACACUUGAAGACAAUGAUGAAGAAUUAAAACAAUGUAUAAGGGAAAUAAAACGCAGGUUGGGAAAUAUGGGGACUAUUCUUGCCGAUAGCAAUGAAGCCAUGCAGUUCGAUUAUGCAAUCAAGGCUCUUGAGGAACUUAUUUGCAUCACAGAAGGGAAAUUAUAUCAAGUGGUCAUUGGCGAAAGUGUGUUGCAAGUAAAUAAAAAUAAGAGAAGGCAUAAGUUGGGUGAUGCAUUCAGAGAUGACUUCGAUUAUAUCUAUGGAAUCGUUACAACAGCUAUGGAUUGGUAUUUCAUCCUUUAUGCUUCAGAUGGAAUAUAUUGUACAAGUAAAAAUCCUCUUAAUAUCCGAUUUACCGAGUCUGCUUUAAUAGAGAAUUUGGAGGACAAAAAAGAAUUGUGUAAAAAUGUAAAGCGAGUAAUAGAGGGUUAUUGA